ACUAUAGGAGAAGAUACGAGAAUGUACGCAUUGAACCUUUAGAAGUUUAGUUUCUACCUGCUCCAACAAGCAGACUAAAUAGGUCUUCAUAGACAAUAAUCCACAUAGAAAAGAAAUGACGAAUACCACUUUACUCCUCGGGGCUACUGGAGAAACUGGGAAGGAGCUACUGAAGCAGUUAGCAGCAUCACAAACUAUUACUAAGGUAAUAUCUGUCGGACGGAGACUAGUCGAUCUACCAGGGGAGGGGUUCGACAAAAUCGAGCAGAGAAUUGUCGACUUCGACAACUUGGACAAACAUGAAAUAGAUUUCAAGAAUAUCGACAAGGCUUUUUGUUGCCUGGGAACAACACGUGGAAAGGCGGGGAAGGAAGGUUUUAUCAAAGUUGAUUAUGAUUAUGUACUAAAGUCUGCGGAGAUGCUGAAAUCCGGCGAAUGUACCGAGUUCCAUCUUCUGACCAGUAAAGGUUCCAAUCCUAGCUCAUGGUUCCUCUAUCCAUCUACCAAGGGUAAGAUAGAAGAAGCAGUGAAAGGAUUAGGGUUUAACAAGAUUAGAAUAUACAGGCCUGGUCUACUACUCUGCGACAGGACGGAGAACAGAGCUGGAGAAGGUUGGCUUAGAUGGAUUGCAGGGUUCACCGAUAAAUCCUACUCAUGGUCGAUACCUACAUCCUUACUAGCCAGAGCUAUGCUGCUAUCUAGUGAAAACUGCCCUGACGGGAUUAGUGUACUUGAACACUCCGAUAUAGUCAAGAUUGCUGAAGAGAAAUAAUAUCAAAUAUCAAGACCAUCUACGCCAACAAAAGCGCAGUCCCGAUCUAUGUCAACUUAAUCGCCAAUUGAUCCGAUCCGAUCAAUGUCAACUUAAUCGCCAAUUGAUCUGAUCCGAUCAAUGUCAAUUUAAUAGCCAAUUGAUCCGAUCCGAUCAAUGUCAAUUUAAUAGCCAAUUGAUCCGAUCCGAUCAAUAUCAAUUUAAUAGCCAAUUGAUCUGAUUCGAUCAAUGUCAACUUAAUAGCCAAUUGAUCCGAUCCAUGUUAGCUUCAUCGUUGAACAAUCCAUGAACAUAGUCGCCAGCCCAUAUCUUCUAAAUUCUGGUAUAUAAUCAUAAUAUUUUCAUUAUAAUUUUUUAAUCGUUAAGAAAAAUUUUGUAUUCUGAACACAGUUAUAAGCUAUAACCGUUGAAAAUGAAGAAAAUAUCUAGCUUUUGGAAUAACAAAUACAUAAGAUAUUUCUAA